GGGUAGCAUUGCCAUCUCACAGCUCCCAGCAUCCCUGUUUCAAUCCUGAGCUCAGGGUACUGUCUGUGUGGAGUUUUGCAGGUGAAUGUUGUAGUUGAAUAUUGUAGUUGAAUAUUGUAGUUCAAUGUUGUAGUUGAAUGGUGUAGGCGAAUUCUGUAGCUGAAUGUUGUACUUGAAUAUUGUAGCUAAAUGUUGUAGUUCAAUUUUGUAGUUAAAUGUUGUAGUUGUAUAUUGUAGGUGAAUUUUGUUGUUGACUUUUGUAGUUGAAUAUUGUAGUUGAAUGUUGUAGAUUAAUUUUAUAGUUGAAUUUUGUAGUUGAAAUUGUAGUUGAAUGUUGUAGAUGAAUUUUACAGUUGAAUAAUAUAGUUAAUGUUGUAGUUGCAUGUGUAGAUAAAUUUUGUAGAUGAAUUUUAUAGUUGACUUUUGUAGUUGAAUUUUUUUUAGUUGACUGUUAUAGUUGAAUUUUAUACUUGAAUAUUGUAGUUGAAUGUUUUUGAAUGUUGUAGAUGAAUGUUGUAGUUGAAUGUGUAGAUAAAUUUUGUAGAUGAAUUUUAUAGUUGACUUUUGUAGUUGAAUUUUUUUAGUUGACUGUUAUAGUUGAAUUUUGUACUUGAAUAUUGUAGUUGAGUGUAGUUGAAUAUUGUAGUUGAAUGUUGUAGAUGAAUGUUGUAGUUGAAUGUGUAGAUGAAUUUUAUACAUGAAUAUUGUAGUUGAAUGUUGUAGAUGAAUGUUGUAGUUGAAUGUGUAGAUGAAUUUUAUACUUGAAUAUUGUAGUUGAAUGUUGUAGGUGAAUGUUGUAGUUGAAUAUUGUAGAUGAAAGUUAUAGUUGAAUUUUGUAGUUGAAUGUUGUAGCUGAAUCUUGUAGCUGAAUGUUUAUCUUGGACAACCAGAAUAACAUUUUGCUUACACAGUUUGGUAUAAUUAGGUCCCCCAUGUCUUCCUUCCCAAAUUUUGAAGUUGGAAUUGUAAUAUGGAUGCUGGAAGAAUCACAGAUAAUAAUUUAAAUAUUAGCAAUGUUGUUUGAAGCAAAUAUGCAAUUUAGCUGAGGUAUUACUUGUUAGCUACCCUAGCCUUGUCACUUCCGUGCAAAAACACCCCAAAAACCUACAUUUGCUAUAAGGAGAGGUUUGUGUACAGUGUGCUUUAGCAAGGUGUCUAAAAUGCUGAGCUUCAUUCAUGCAGUUCAAAUAACAUGACCUCAUGAUAGUUAGGACAUUCACAUUAGCAAGCGAGGAAGUGACAGAUGACCAUUUAUUUUCUAUGUUUGUGCAUGACAGCGAGCCACGAUUUCAGUCACAGCAGCAGGUUACAUUUGAAUUGAUUUUCUUAGUACUAUUCAAAUUAGAUACGAUGUAAAUCCAAACGAGUGGCUCAAAUGAUUCCUCAAACCAGUGCUAUGGUGGGUGGGGUCCAAACGCUUCUUUACUUCCCAAUACACAACACACUUUACUUCCUUCCUGUAGUUAGUUCCCGUUUAAAUGGUCGCUACACUCCCACAAGAGACUAAAUACAAGCGACACGAGUCACUUGCUUGCUUGCUAGUGUGAGCAUAGGAUAAAGUGAGCGGAGUGAAAGGGACUACACUUAAUGUAACACACUUUGCUGGGAUUUGAACCAGUACCUUUGUGGAUUACUCCUGCAGCAUGCCCGCUGGGGAUGAUGCGACAUUAUGGCUGUGCUUGGACGUGACAGUAGGGGACGUCACUGAGCUGGAGGACAGUGGGACUGACGGCCUGAUUGGAGACAGUGACGUGUGUGAGCUCCCAUCUCGCCGUUACAAGGCCCUGUCUGUGUACUCCACACCAGCAGGGGGCAGCAGAGACACACCUGACUCCGCCGUGCAGGGCGUGUACGAGAACUUCCGCCAGGAGCUGGAGAAGAGCGGCUGCAGGGCGGAGACACCGGAGGAAGGGGCGUCGGCUCUUAGUGACGAACUGAGCUCGGCCAAUCAGACGGAGGCGCUUGUGGGCGUGGCCGAAGGCUGCGUACGCAAAGCCGGCCGUCUUAAUGUGAAAAACCUGCUCGUGCACAAGAAGAACAAGAAGGUGGAGCUCGCUGCUCGUCGCAAGUGGAAGAGCUACUGGGUCUCGCUAAAAGGAUGCACUCUGUUUUUCUAUGAGACGGACGGCCGAUCAGGAAUCGAUCACACCAGCAUCCCAAAGCACGCCAUCUGGGCGGAAAACAGUAUCGCACAGGCUGUUCCCGAGCAUCCAAAAAAAGAUUUCGUCUUCUGCCUCAGCAACUCAAUGGGAGACUCGUACCUUUUCCAGACUUGUAGUCAGACCGAGGUGGAGAACUGGGUGACAGCGAUCCACUCUGCAUGCGCGGCCGCCGUUGCCCGGCAACAUCACCGUGAUGACACGGUACGCUUCCUGCGCUCCGAGAUCCGAAAACUGGAGCAGAAGAUCGACAUGGAUGAGAAGAUGAAGAAGAUGGGAGACAUGCAACUGGCCUCCGUCACUGAUACCAAGAAAAGGAAAACCAUUCUGGAGCAGAUCUCGGUGUGGGAGCAGAAUCUGGAGUGCUAUAAUGUGGACUUGUUCCGACUGAGGUGUUAUUUAUGCAGCCUGCAGGGAGAGGAGCUGCCCAAUCCGAAGCCUCUUCUCUCAGUGGCCUCACGCUCCACCAAACUCUCCAUGGGACGUCUCGGCUUCUCUGUGUCUUCCUUCCACGCUCUGGUGGCGGCGCGUACAGAAAGCGGUGUUCGGAGGCGAGCACACGCCAUGUCACACUCCACUGGCAAGCGAAAAAGUCGCUUCUCCUCACUGUGGGGACUGGAGACGAACUCAAAGAGGAAAAUACACACGCACACACACCCCAGCAUUGAACAGGUGUUUGCAGAAGGGGAGGAGCCAGUGAAGAGGGAUCUGGAGGGAAUGAUGGAGGAAUCUUCAAGGGGCAAUAUGAAAGACGAGCAGGUGUGUGUGACGGGCAUGGUGAAGGAUCGCCUCACGCCCUCCUGGGUGUGUUUGCCCGACGGUCGUCCCAUUCUCGCCGUAAUACGGCCCGGAGAGUCGGCACUCGACACACUCGAGACCAUCUGCAAGGCUCAUGAUUUGGACUCAACCAAACAUUACCUGCGUUUAAAGUUCCUGAUUGAGACGCAGGUGCAGUUCUACAUCCCCAAGCCGGAGGAGGACGUAUACGACCUGCUCUAUAAGGAGAUCGAGCUCUGCUCCAAGAUUAGAAAAGUCAUUCAGUUUGACAGGGACGAGUCCUGCAUGAUCGGCUAUGGUUUCUCUAUCUCUAUGGUGGAGGACGACAGCGUGCAGCAGCUCUACAUUACGGACGUAAAAGCCGGAGGAUUAGCGUUCGCCAAAGGUUUGAAUGCUGGAGACGAGAUCCUGCAGCUGAAUGGAAAAAACUCCAGCACAUUGACAUUCUCCGAUAUGAAGACUGCAUUCUCUCAGGCAUCUCUCUCACUCACGGUGAACACGCUGCCCCAGGUGGAUCGAAGGCAACACUGCUUCCUGCCCCCAAGACGCUCUGAUGCUGUCCAGCAACUCUACACUGACAUCUUCUCCCAGAACCAGGAGGAGAUUCUGGAUGAUGGAGUUGGGCUCAUCUCAGAGACGUCCGGGGACAGCCUGGAUGACGACACCGAGCUCUUUAGCGAGUACAGGGACUAUGAAAAGAGCACGGAGCAGGUCGCAGCUUUUUGCCGAAGUCUUCAUGAGAUGAACCCUUCGUCGGAAGCAGCUUCAUCUUCGUCCUCUUCCUCACUUCCUCGUCAGCUCUCGGAUGCCGAUAAACUGCGCAAGGUCAUCUGUGAGCUCGUGGAGACCGAGCGCACCUACGUUAAGGAUUUGAAUUGUCUUAUCGGGAGAUAUUUGACUCCUCUGCAGAAGGAAAGCUUUCUCACCCAGGAUGAGCUGGAUGUGCUGUUCGGGAACCUUCCGGAGAUGCUGGAGUUCCAGGUGGAGUUUUUGCGCACGCUGGAGGACGGAACGCGACUCGUCCCUGACCUCGAGAAACUGGAGCGAGUCGAUCAAUUCAAGAAAGUACUCUUCUCUCUCGGCGGUUCGUUCCUUUAUUACGCCGAUCGCUUUAAGAUCUACAGCGCUUUCUGUGCAAGUCACACUAAAGUCCCCAAAGUCCUGGUGAAAGCAAAGACGGACCCAGACUUUAAGGCGUUUCUGGAUGAGAGGAACCCGAAGCAGCAGCACUCGUCCACACUCGAGUCAUAUCUGAUUAAACCCAUCCAGAGAGUGCUGAAGUACCCGUUGCUGCUGCGUGAGCUUUACACACUCACUGACCCCGACAGCGAGGAGCACUACCAUCUGGACGUGGCAGUGAAGGCCAUGAAUAAAGUAGCCAGCCACAUUAACGAGAUGCAGAAGCUCCAUGAGGAAUUUGGUGCUGUGUUUGACCAGCUCAUCGCAGAACAGACCGGCAACAAGAAAGAGGUAGCUGAUCUUUCAAUGGGAGACCUGCUGCUACACACCACUCUGAUUUGGCUCAAUCCUCCGUCCUCACUGGGAAAGUGGAAGAAGGAGCCUCAACUCGCCACCUUCGUGUUUAAAACGGCCGUUGUUUUUGUCUGUAAAGACGGCUCCAAACAAAAGAGGAAAAUGGGUGGAUCACAACGUGCAUCAGUAUCAGGUGAAGACAGAGACCCGUUCCGUUUCCGUCACAUGAUCUCCACCGAUGCCCUUCAAGUUCGAACCCUGACUGGUGCAGAUGGUGACAGUGCUGCAGUGUGUGAGAUCAUCCAUGUGAAAUCUGAGUCGGAAGGAAGGCCAGAGAGAGUGUUUCACCUGUGCUGCAGUUCUCCCGAAAGCAAGAAGGACUUCCUGAAGACAGUGCACUCCAUUUUAAGAGACAAACAGAGACGGCAGCUGUUGAAGACAGAAAGUCUUCCUCCCAGCCAGCAGUACGUGCCAUUUGGAGGGAAGCGUCUUUGCGCUCUGAAAGGAGCUAGGCCCACUAUGAACCGAGCAGCCUCUGCUCCAACACGUACUUUGGGUCGGCGCAAGCUAGUGCGAAACCGCUUUACCAUUGACACGGACAUUGUGUUCGACACUGACGCCGACGCUGACUCACCAGACUCCCAGACCUCCCUGCAGCCAGGCGACACAGACCGCUGGGUGGAGGAGCAGUUUGACCUGCAGCGCUAUGAGGAGCAAGAGCAAACAAAAGAGACAGAUUUACUGAGCGAUGAGGAUGGGGAUGGCGAUGAUGAAGACCUCAGCCAGGAGCUAGAAGGACCCGUUUCGGCCAUGUCACUGGAGGAUGAAGAAGAGGAAACUAAACCUGAAGGCAAAAACUGCAAAUCCCAGCAUGCUUUGAGGCUGUCCCAUCUUGGGAAGCAGUGUGCCAUGUCCGUGGCCAGCGUAGAUGAGCAUUCGGUUAUUGCCGAUGAGGAUGUGUGGGUGCGACGGGAGAUGAGCAGUACUGACAGCGAUACACAGAAUGAGUCACAGAGCUGAAGACUAGCCAACAUUUCAGAAUUACAUGACAAUAGAGUUUAGCUCUAACACCAUAUAGUAAUAGAGAGCUCACGUAAGGACUGAUGAGUGGAAUUCGAAGAGAAAAAAGAGCCAGAAAUGUAACGACCAGACUUUAGAUACUUUAAAGGAAUGACAAUGAAUACCUUGGGCAAGUGCUAAUCCCUAUUGAGCAGCACAGUCUUACUCUUGUGCUGCAAGUGCACACUUACGUUACUCUUUCUAGGGGAAAGUCAAACGAAGGCAUGUUGAAAACAGGGCCAGAGUGCAAAAGCACUGCAGAGAUCCUCUCCAGCACCACAA